AUGGGGCCCCGGGGCCCGGUGGCCAGCCCGCCCCCGCCCAGGAGGUGCCCGCCCGGCAGACACACCCCCGCGUGGCAGGACACUGGCGCCCCUCACCCCUCGGACGUUUCCGGCUGGUGCCCGAGGGCCUUCCGCUCGCCGCGUAGCAGGGCCUCCCGCCGGUCUGGGUGCCGGAUCAGGCGGCACAGGAGCCAUUCAGACAGCCCCUACAAGGAAGGCCUCACCAAGGACAGAGCGAAGGCAGACACUGCCCUGGUCCUGAGGGGCACCAGGCCCCACAGUCACCAUGGAAACAAGAGCCAGCCGCUCGGGGGACCCCAAGCCCAAGACCCCAGGAAGCACACUGCCCUCUACAGGCUGGGCCUGACCCCGGGCCAGCCUCGGGGGCCAAGGUCCCGGAAGGGGCUGCGGAUGGUGUUUUCUCGGCGGAGCCCCCACCUCACCGUCCCCAUGCCCGCAGCCCACAGCCACGGCCGCUGCAGCCACGGCCGCGGACAGCCGGCACUGCCCCCUCCGAGCCCCCCGGUCGGCACCAAGAGAGCCAAGCCAGCAAAGAUGAGCGGUGUCUGGAGGAGCCGCCCCGGGGACCCAGGCUGGGCCCAUGAGAGACCAAUGGGGAGCAGCAGCGUGGACGGGGCCCUGAGUCCGCUGAGCCAGCCUGACCAGGAUGCAGAACCACUGGAGGACACGGGCGCCGCCAAGCCCCACGCCACCCUCCUCGAGAGCCACCUGCCGCGGGCGGAGAAGCAGCCACCCAGCACGGGGAGCGGCCCCUUCUUCUACGUCGGAGGCACCAACGGGGUCGCCAUAAUCAGCUCCUACUGCAAGAGCAAGGGCUGGCAGCGCCUCCAGGACAGCCGGCGGGAGGACUACAAGCUCAAGUGGUGUGAGGUCAAGUGCCGCGACAGCUACCUCAACUUCCGGGAAGGCGAGCAGCUGCUGUACCAGCUCCCCAACAACAAGCUGCUGACCACCAAGAUCGGGCUCCUCAUUGCCCUCAGGGAGUACGCCCGGGUCAUCAGCAGGGUCAGCAGGAUGUCGCCGUGCACGCAGACCAAAUCUGGAGGGGACCCCACACCCGCUCGGGAGGAGCUCCCACGGACCAGCCCAGGACGCCUCGAGCCACAGAGGAUCCUGAAAAUGGAAGAAUUUUUCCCAGAGACCUACCGCCUGGACAUCAGGGAUGAGAGAGAGACGUUCUUCGACCUCUUUGACGAAACCCAGACCUGGAUCUGCAAGCCCACGGCCUCCAACCAGGGCAAAGGCAUCUUCCUGCUCAGGAGCCAGCCCGACCUGGCCACGCUGCAGGCCAAGAUCCAGAACCUGGAGGACGACCCCGCCUACCGCAGGAUGCCCUUCCGGACGCCUCAGGCCCGGAUCGUGCAGAGGUACAUCGAGAACCCGCUGCUGCUGGAGGGGAAGAAGUUCGACGUGCGCUCCUACCUGCUCAUCGCCUGCGCCAUGCCCUACAUGGUCUUCUUCGGCCACGGCUACGCGCGCCUCACCCUCAGCCUCUACGACCCCCACUCCCAGGACCUCAGCGGCCACCUGACCAACCAGUACAUGCAGAAGAAGAGCCCCCUGUACGUGCUCCUGAAGGAGGACACCGUGUGGAGCAUGGAGCAGCUCAACCGCUACAUCAACGACAAGUUCAGCAAGAACAGGGGCCUCCCCCGCGACUGGGUCUUCACCACCUUCACGAAGCAGAUGCAGCAGAUCAUGGCCCACUGCUUCCUGGCCGUCAAGUCCAAGCUCGAGUGCAAGCUGGGCUACUUCGACCUCAUCGGCUGUGACUUCCUGAUCGACGACAACUUCAAGGUGUGGCUGCUAGAGAUGAACUCCAACCCCGCCCUGCACACCAACUGCGAGGUCCUGAAGGAGGUGAUUCCUCGCGUGGUCAUGGAGACCCUGGACCUGGCGCUGGAGACCUUCCAGAAGAGCCUGUGCGGCCAGCGCAUGCUGCCCCUGCUCUCGCAGCGCCGCUUCGUGCUGCUGCACAACGGGGAGGCGGACGUGUGGCCGCGCCUGGGGCUGCCCCGCCACCUGCCCCGCCAGCCGGCCUCCGGGGCCGCGCUCCUGCUCCGCGCGGACCGGCCGGGCGCGCGCAGGCCGGGGCCGCCCCACCCGGCGCAGGAGCGCGCGCGGCCCCCCGCCCUCCGCCCCGACGGCGCCCCGGGCCGGGAGCCCGCGGCCGGGGACCCCCAGCCGCCGCCGGCCGCCAGCGGGGACCCCGCGCCGGAGCCGCCCCCGCAGCCGCGGGCCGAUAGCGGGGAGCCCUCCCCGGAACCCUCCCCGGCGCCGGCGCAGGAGGACGCGGAGGAGCGCAAGCCCGAGGACCACCGCGGCUCCUAGCGCCCCGAGACUAUAAAGGCUACUUUGUUACCCGCGGCCCGCCCGUCCGCCGCCCCCCCGGGGCUCCCCCAGACCCGGGGCUCCCCC